AUGUCUGCCACGAAUAGAACUCGUUCCUCCGCCACGCGUUGCUACCGCCGCGUUGCGCCUCCGUGGUCAAUGCGUGCCGACGCAGCAGCUCGGCUUCUCAUUUGCGCGGCCCUUGCGCUCUCCACCGCCGCAGAUUGCUCCUCUUCUGCCAACCACCCGUGGCGACAAGCCCCUCGACCGAAUCAGCGCGUGCUGUCUCCCCUUGCUCGGCCCAUCAUCCGCGCCCAGCGCUCGCUCCUCAAGCUCGACGCCGCCACCGCCGCGGCUUACUCUGAACCGUCCGCCGCACGGCCCGUGGCUUUGGAGGCGUCGCAACGCCCGCGCUGGUCCGCCUCACCCAACGAGGGCGCUCAUCUGAUAUCACCCCCUUUCCCUCCCCCCUUGUUCGAGCGCUCGCUGCGCAUCUGCGCAGUGAGCGCGAUCGUGCAGGUACAGGCGGCGUGGGGCGCGUGGGCGGGCAGCAACGACACCACUGCGUGCUCUGCGUGGCCUGGCGUGACAUGCAGCCCUAACGGACUGGUCAUCGCGUUGGAUUCAAAGGCCGUGGCGGUGGAUGGCAGCGCCGCCAUACCUGCCUCCAUCACCAACCUCGCUGCUCUGCAGUACCUGUCCGUCCCCACCCACCCUCCAUCCAAUCUGCAUUGCAUUGCAUUGCAUGCUGCACAGUCCUUCCUGUUCUUUUCCUCGGCAGCCAAGUUGGUGCAGCAGCUGGGAUGUGGUGUGAUCUGCACCGAGGCAUCGCUCUGCACGCCUCAUUCAGCCUCCCUCCUGCCUUCGCUCUUGCUUCUUGCCUCCCCACGUCCACAGGGAUCUCACACACGAGCAUCUGGUGGGGCCCAUCCCAUCCCUCGCAAGUCUCUCCAGGGUCACUCUCCUGUACGUGCUCCGCCUCUGCUGUGGCCUGUACAGUGCACUCCACUGCACUCCUUCUCCCUUCUCCAGCCAAAGAUUGUCAUGUCAUCGCUCUUGCUUGCUCCUUCUCAAUGA